AUGUAUCCGGCUAUGCUUCCCACACCUCCUCCCUCUCCCAUCCCCCGCUGCUAUGCGCCCGAGGACCGGUUAGGAUUCAUCUUAGCCAACCGCCUAGAGCUGACCGGCAUCCUGGGUGUCGGCGCUUACGGGGUGGUGUAUACGGCCGUGGAUAUUCACACCAACAUUCGCUAUGCCGUCAAAGCCCUCAACAAGAGCGGGCUGGACCCGCGCCAACUGAAAUACCAGCAGCGUGAGAUUCGCCUGCACCACCUGGCCAGCCAACAUCCCAACGUUGUUUCCCUGGCCCGUAUCAUGGAUUCCCCGGAUUGUACCUACGUCGUGAUGGAAUUCUGCCCGGAGGGUGAUCUGUUCUCCAGUAUCACCGACAAGGGUAACUUUGUCGGUAACGAUCCUCUGGCCAAGCGUGUGUUCUUGCAACUGUUGGAUGCCGUGCAGUUUUGCCACAACCUCGGAAUUUAUCACCGCGAUCUCAAGCCUGAGAACGUCCUGGUGACGGACCAGGGAAUGACCGUCAAGCUGGCGGAUUUCGGCCUCGCCACCACGGACUACUUCACCUCGGAUUUCGGAUGCGGUUCGACUUUCUACAUGUCGCCUGAGUGCCAACAGACCAACCCCCGCCCCAUGUCCUGCUACUCUUCAGCAGCCAAUGACGUCUGGAGUCUGGGCGUGAUGCUCGUCAACCUGACCUGCGGUCGCAACCCAUGGAAGCGCGCUUCAUUCGAGGAUUCCACAUUCCGGGCGUACCUCAAGGAUCCGUCCUUCCUGAAGACUAUCCUGCCCUUGUCCACGGAGAUGGUGUGUAUCCUAUCGCGCGUAUUCGAGUGCGACCCUGCCAAGAGGAUCACCAUCCCGGAACUGCGCCAGCUGAUCGUGGAGUGCCCCUGCUUCACGGAGAACCCCAUGGCCCCCUGGGUGCAGGACCCAAUUCCAGACUGCUUCGUUCAGCCCUUCGUGCCCGUGGAACCCCUGCAUGCCCAGCAGUCCGGCUCCUCCUCGGACUCUUCUCACUACUCGGACUUCUCCGAGUCUGCCGCCUCUGUCUCAUCUGCUCUCACCGAGGACUACACCGACUACAACUGCAUGUCGCCCAUAAUCUCCCAGCAGGUCCAGGUUCCGGACUGUAAGGUCGUGUUUCCCCAUUCCAUCUGUGUGGAUCACUCCAUCCCCGCGGAUACCUUCACGGGACACCCCAUUCCGGUCUGUUGA